AUGUCGACAGCUGAUGACGACCGCAAGCAGCGGUUCCGAUUCCACAAGGACGACGAGAUUCUGCUGCUCCAGAUUGUCCUGAACGCCAAACCCUGUCCUUAUAAGAUCUCAUCUCGCGACGGAGCUAUCAUGGUGGCCUGGAACGCCGUUGCAGAAGAGUUCAAGAGCAAAUGCAAUCCUCGUCCGGAUGGGAAGCUGCCGCAUCCACGGACGUGUCGAACCCGUUGCGACAAGAUGAUCGUCGACUAUCUGGCCAUGCGCGCGAGUCCACAUCUCCGGCACCAAAAGCAAGAAUCCAAGGAGGACAGGCAAAAGAACGAGCUGUUGGGCAAACUUGCGACCCUGCAGGGAAGAGUUAUUGAUACAGAUUUGGGUACUUCGGGCACUACUGGAGCUGGUAUAGGAGGCAUUGGAGGCGGGGAUGCCAGUUUGAAUUCUAUGGGACCAGGGUCCGGGUCAGGUCCUAGUUUGGUCACACCUGGGCAUUUGUUGGCGCAUGGGUCGUCGUCAUCGUCGACGGGAGCGACUUCGGGCUUGAAUGACUCACAGCAACUACACCACCAUACUCAUCAUCAGCAGCAUCGAGGAUCAGCAGCGGCCACCUUGACACCUCAGUCCUUAGCUAACCUGGGAAACAGUAAUCACCACCGUAUGGGACAUGGUCAGUCAACGUCUGAGCUACUUGCGGCCUCGGGAAUUUUGCUCCCGACGUCGACUCCUGGUGUUUCUGCGAUACAUAACAGCAACGAGGAUCACCACUAUAAUCAUCAUCAUCAAGACUCUUCCUCCCCUGCAGACAUAUUUUCCGUGGACAGGUCUAAGCAAACACUCGCACCAUCUUCCUCAGUCAAUUCGCGCAAGAGACGUGGAAAUGCCAACACAGGAGCAACGACAGCGGCAACCAUGGCAACCACUUCAUCGUCUUCGUCGCACAAUGGCCUGAACUCCUUUGAUUACCUUCAACGCCCAACGACGUCCGUAUCGACAACUCAGAACCAACCAUCCACCAUGCUAUCUAAUGGUUCAAAACGCUUGAAAUCGAGCGCACUUGGUGGCAAAUCAACCGCAUCCGCAGGAUCGGCAGUACCAGCUACCACUUAUGGGCUGCAUAAUACUACACACCAUUCCAACCAGGCACGUUCGGUUUUAGGAGCAAUUGGAUCUGGACUUGGAUCGAGUCUCACAGGUCAGGAUCUGACGGGACUAUCAAGCAUGGGUGCCACGGAGGAAAGCGAUGACGAUGAUGAUGACGAUGACAACGAUGGAGGAUUUCAGGAUGCGCAGGAAGACCUUGGAAAUGACUAUGAACACGACUUUGACGAGGAUGAAGAGGAGGAGGAAGACGAUGGUCAGGAUGAACACCUCGAUGCUUCUUCGCUUCUUUCUUUCCAGAACAGCGCCAUAGCAUCAAAGACCAACAGUCGAAAUGGUAGGGGCGGCAAGAGAGGGCCUACGGUGGGCACAGUUAAUGCUUCGACUACAUCCUCGGGCGUGAAGGCACAGGCGAAUAAAUAUGGCAAGUCUUCGAACCAAGGAUUGCAGAGACAUCCCAGUGGUGGGCUAGGUACGUCUAUGUUAUCACUCGGAGGAAUACUCGGUGGCGGCACGGGGUAUAUGAUUCCAAGCCAGAUGAAUGCAGACGACCGGUCGUUUUUAAUGAGGACUCUGGCAUUGGAGGAGCGGAGGGUCAAGGUCGAGGUCGACAAGAUUGCGGUCGAGCGCGAGAAAUUGGCUUUGGAGCGAAAGCGUCUACAAUGGGAGAUGCGACAAAUGAACCAGUAG